GCUAAAGGGAACACACCUCUGCAGGAUGCAAGGACCUGGCUGGCGCUGUGGGGUGAUACUGGUGCUAGAAGUGUUGUCCGUGGUGCUGGCCGCCCAGGACGCAGUCCAGGAUAUCUCUGACGAAGGGCUGGACUCCUUCGGCGCAGGCGAGGUUGUAGUGGAGGGAGCCAUCAGGCUAGGGCGGUCACGGUCGCCCCGGGCGCUGAGGGGCACGGUGAACGGUGGUACGCCCGGGCACGACUUCCCUACCCUCAACGCCGUGCCUGCUACAAACUUCAACUGCCACGGGAAGAAGCACGGCUACUACGCUGAUGUUGAUACCGGCUGCCAGGUGUUCCACGUGUGUCAGGCUGACGGUCGCCUGAACAGCUUCCUGUGUCCCAACAGUACCAUCUUCCACCAGCGGAGGCUGGUCUGUGACUGGUGGUACAACGUCAAAUGUGACGCCUCAGCCCAGUACUUCGAUGUCAACCUGGAGAUCGGCAAGGUGCCAGCAGCCUCUACCCGCUCCUCGGGGCUCACUGGGGGUGCAAGAGCUCAAGGAUCAGGCUUCUCUGGAGGUGCUGGAUCCCAAGUAUCAGGCUUCUCUGGAGGUGCUGGAUCCCAAGGAUCAGGCUUCUCUGGGAGUACUGGAUCCCAACGAUCAGGCUUCUCUAGGGGCGCUGGAUCCCAGGGGUCACGUUUUUCUAGUGGAAGUGGAUCCCAAAGGCCAAGCUUCUUUGGGGGGGCUGAAACCCAAGGAUCAGGCUUCUCUGGGGGUAGUGGAUCCCAAGCGUCAACCUUCACUGAGGGUGCUGGAACUCAAGGGUCAGGUUUCACUGGGAGUAGUGGAUCCCAAGUGUCAAGCUUUACUGGGGGUGCUGGGACCCAAGGAUCAGGCUUCUCUGGGGGUAGUGAAUCCCAAGCGUCAAGCUUCACUGGGGGUGCUGGAACCCAAGGGUCAGGAUUCUCUGGGAAUAGUGGAUCCCAAGUGUCAAGCUUUACUCUAGGUGCUGGAACCCAAGGAUCAAGCUUCUCUCGGGGUAGUGGAUCCCAAGCUUCAAGUUUCACUGGGGGUGCUGGAACCCAAGCGUCAGGCUCCGGAAGAGUCACUGGCCAAACUCCCUUCCAAGCAGCAGCAGCAGCACCUCAGACUCGACCUCUUGGACCUCCAGUAACCUUACCCUCUGCUGGAGAUCACUCGAGGGUCAGUGGACAGGGCAGCUUCACGAGCUCACGAGGAUUGACACCAAGCUCAGCAAGGCCAACUCUUAUUCCUGCAGCCCAAGUUACACCAUCAGGAGGGAGUGGAACUUUUGCCAGCCGAGUGCAAGGAACGCUUAGAACUUCCCAAACACCGCCGAGAACUGCUCCGAGAGUUCCAGUUCCCACUUUCCCACCAAUUACAUCUCCAGCACCUACGUUUCCACCACAUACAACUCCAGCACAUACAUCUCCAGCACCUACAAUUCCAACACCUACAGCAACUCGAGCCCCUACACUCAUAGGUCAGGCACCUACAAGAAGUUUCACACCUACAAGAACUUUUGCACCUGCAAGAGUAGCCGUGUCAAAGCGUCCUGUGGGAACGUCCAGCCACUUCGGCGUCUCUCUCCCGAGUCUAAACAGACCUCCUGCCGAUGGUGUCAAUUUGUUGAUUAGUGGUAUUCAGAGCUCUCAGAUCCUCGAUAACGUCGCUGAUGUGAGAGACGCUGGCUUUGGCGUUCCACUCCCAUCUACCGGAGGAAACCAAGCCACCCAGAGUGUGUCUAAUCAGAACAGAAUACAGACCACUCAUCGAUUCCAAGCUAGCCAGGGUGUUUCUCUGAGUAACACACGAUCACAAUCGCAACCUUCCAGCUUUCAGAGCGACACUAGGGACCGAAAAAUUGCAGUCGGACAGCCUGCGUUGCCCGUUCGAAGACCUUUCACUACUGGAACACCCAGCAGAGGAUCUGCAACAUUUAGCACUCGGACUCGCAAACUUUGAGGGUAGGCCAACCUGUUGGCGUGCCUUUACCUGCACUAAGCAGCACAGUGAGUUCAGGAACUGGUCACCGUGGAUCUUCAGUACCCAGCGUGCCUCAAAGAGACGGCAGCAACUCUGGAGCUGGACAGAGAAUUCCGGGAGUUGUAGCAACCACUUCGCAACAAGGAGCCACACAGGGAUCAUUCGGUAUUCCUCUUCCAAUUCUUUCCUCAACGGGAGGCUCCCAAGGUAGCGUGGGCGUCCCGCUGACUACCGCCGGCGGUGUCUCGUCCGUUGGAAGGUUCGGUUCGACGGUGACCAGAACCGGAGGAUCAAGGUUGCCACAAGGUACUAUAGGACCAAUAAUUAUCGUCGAAGACGAUAGGGAUGACUCUGAUGAUCGAUUUGAUUUGGACGACCGAUUCGAUGAUGACCGAUUCGAUUUAGAUGACCGAUUCGACGAUGAUAGAUUCGAUUUAGAUGACCGAUUCGAUGACGAUCGAUUCGAUGAUGAUCGAUUCGAUGACGACCGUUUUGAUUUAGAUGAUCGCUUUGAUGAUUUGGAUGACCACUUCGAUGAUCUGGACGACCGAUUCGACGACGAUCGUUUCGGUAGAACCAACUUCCUUAGAAAUCCGAACACACUGAGCCCAGGUGUGGGCUUGCCCUUACCCCCGUCAGAGAUCCAGCUGCCUCCUCCGACGGGAUUCUAACCGCGUAGACGAUCUU